UCAGCGCUUGGUCGCGUGCAAUAAAAUGAUAAACUCUGCUCGACUUAUCUGAUGUUAUCAAGAUAUAAUUAUCAUGAGAUGUUUUUUUAGUGUCAUUGGCGCGUUUGCGUAUUCGAUAGUCUGUGGUCAGUGAAAUUGGCGCGUUCGCUUUCUAAAUAUUGGCGCGAAAAUUCAAAUUGAUUUUGGAACGAUGAAUUACACGGAUAUUGUAACGGUGACUAGUGAGAUGUUUUCGACAACUGUCCUUCCGGAUUUGAUGUCGACGGAUUUUUUUGCGACUUCAGAUUUUUCGUCGACUUCGGAUUUUGCGUCUAUGGGUAUAGAGUCAACUACUGAUUUUGUUCCUACUACGCUGCCUCCAGAGACCGGUAUAAGGGAGUGGUUGUUGGAUGUCGUCGUAAAGAAUUCAGCAGUCAAAGGCGGCUUCUGGCAAGGUUUCCUAGCGUCACUGUCCGUGGUUAUUGUCUCGGAAUUAGCGGACAAGACAUUCUUCAUAGCUGCAAUCAUGGCCAUGAAACAUUCUAGAAUAAUUGUGUUCAGUGGUGCCAUAUCUGCGCUUAUUUUUAUGACUGUUCUCUCAGCAGCCUUUGGCUGGGUGGCCACAGUUGUACCAAGGGUGUAUACGCAUUAUAUAAGUGCGGCACUGUUCGCCAUAUUUGGUCUGAAGAUGCUAAGAGAUGGAUGGAAGAUGGACCCGAACGAGGGUCAAGAAGAGUUAGAUGAGGUGCAGACCGAAUUGAAGAGGAGGGAGGAACAGGUGUGUUUGAAGCUAGAAGAUAAAGAAGAAACAGCUGAGAUGCUGGAACAAGGUCUAGCAGAGAGACGGAAAAGACGUAGUGCAGUCUAUAAAGUAUUAUUGCAAGCGGCAACUUUGACAUUUUUAGCGGAAUGGGGAGAUAGGUCGCAACUGGCGACAGUGGUGUUGGCCACGAGAGAAGACGUUUUUGGUGUAGUGGUGGGAGGGUCCCUGGGUCACGCCCUUUGCACGGGAUUGGCUGUGAUUGGUGGAAGAAUGGUGGCGCAGAAGAUUUCUGUUAGGACUGUGACAAUUAUUGGUGGUCUAGUCUUCCUAUUCUUCGCUGUGAGUGCACUAGUGAUGGGCCCCGGCGAGUAAAGACUUUUAAUCAAUAUAAAUGGUGCUCUCAAAUGUUUUUAGACGUCUAUAUGACGGUCCUAGGGUAGACUUGUGCGUGCUGUUUGCAUUCACUCAUUUCUUUUUCAUUUCGUUCAGAAAUAAGAUAGACAUUCUGUACUCGUUGUGACGGUAAAAACUAUUCUCUUCGUAUUGUAGAAUCUGUUCGGACAGACAAACUAUGUAUGUAUGCUUAUUUUAUACGUCAUUUCAUUUAUUCACAAAAAUAAUAGAUUUUUAUCUUAAAUAAGAUAAUUUAUUGUUGAACUAUAAUGACGUAGUCAUAACGAAAAAGGCAAUGUUGCACUUCAUUUGAAAUUCUUACAUUUUAAAAUAAAUCCUAAAUAAUUCAGUAUUUAUGAAUAGCCAGGUUCCUCUUCAAACACUUACCCCCAUAUAAAUCACACUCUUGACUUAAGUACACUUCCGUCUCUUUCUAUCAAAGUGUGUGUACGCUGAAAAGAGACCGAAGUACAUUAGUUAUAACGGUACAAUUUGAUUGAGAAAGUUUUGUAUAUUAUAAGGUUUUACUAUAAACUUACAAAACCCAACCUAAGAACCGUUGCUUACGAAAAGUGACGGUAGUUUUCAAGUAGCUGAAAACUACCUACAUAUUUUGUAAAACAUGGAAAUUGCAUUUAUUUUUUUCAAUUCUAAAUCAUUUAUAUGAUGGCUGUUGCACUGUUCUAACGUAACUCACCUGUCUCUUUCUCUCUAAUUGUUUAUACUGUGAUGAAGAGGCAAAACGAGUCCAUAAUGUCUAUUUUAGUUGACUUCGCCUAGGGUUCCUGCUACGUUGUUGCCUUUAGAUUAGGGGUUGGACGCACGAAAUGGCGGACAGAUAUACCAACAACUUGAAACCUGUCACAAUGAAGUAUGUUAUUGGUAGACUCAGCGUCUAUGACUCUGUAUGUCAAAUCCAAUACAUUUUUGACAUGCGAGAGUCAGACUUAGUGUUACGAAGGCCGAAAUUUAGGCCUAACUUAAAUCUAGUUUCUGCCGACUUUUCUAUAAUUAUCCAUUUAGCUUGUAUUGUUAGUAUAUCUGUUUGCGUCUUGUUACCACUAUGAGAUGUAUGUGUUGAUAUAACCAAAAUGACUUUGGCUCACUUUACAUCUAAUUAGUCCUAACAUUGAAUUGCGGAUUAUAGACGAGCCAAUUUAUGAUAGCCUGUAUUAGCAUGUAUGCUAAUCAUAAAUAUAUAUAAUCCCGGAGACUUUUGGGAGAUUAAUGUAUGGUGUACUAUAUGGACCUGUCCACUGAAAUAUUCCCGAACAAAUUCGACUUUGGGUCCAUCAAGAAGCUCGUACCAAUUAUUAAAAGGCCGCCUCUUGCUAGCAAUCUGGCAAUGUGAUUGUAUAUAGGCGGUAUCACUUGACAUAAGGUGACUGGUAAUUGUGAUGGAUACGAUGUUCCAUAAGAAUCAAUUUACGAUUCAUAUUUUUCAUAGCAGCGGAAACACUUAGACAGUAAGUGAUGAGAGAAUACUUAAAGCAGUGCCAGACUGACAGGUCUAGGUCGGUCGGUUUGGAGAACAUUAUCUGUAGUAACUAUAUAGAAUUGACUAGAUUAAGAGUCUAUGGCUAAGUGUCACUCUCGUAUGUCAUAACAUUGGCAAAGGUGUCAUAGCGCUUAGUCUCUAAGACUUAUUAGUUUGUGCAUAUUAUGAAUAUAGGGUUUUAAUAGAUAAAAUGUAAAUAAUGUAGAAUAUGACAGCAUUUUAUUAAUAUUAGUCGAAAUAAAUAGAAAUUGUACUAGUUGCGCCCGCCCUGGUAAUUUCGAUGAGUUAUUUAUACCAAUAAAAAUUGCUCUAACCAUUUCGAUAUAUUCGUUCAGAAACACGUUGACACAAUUUUUUUUUAUUUCUAUAAAACCUAUGUCGAUAAACUUCUAACUCAACUUAAUAAAUUAUAUUUGAAUGAAAAAAAAAACAUACACCCAAGUGUCAGGCACAGACUACUAUGUUUGGCGGCGGUUAGUAUCAAUGACUUUUUUGAUUUAGAUUUCGGGUAUACUGUCAAAUGUACCAUAAAAUUUCAUACAAAUCAACUGUAUAAUUCCCGCAAUGUGAUAUGUAUAGGUUGAUGUUAAAAUAGUGUAAGUACAAAUAAAUAACUUAAGUCUAUAAAGCACACGUUGACUUGGCUUAGGGAUUCAGAAACUGACUCAAGUUUGACUCACGUACGUCAAAAAUGUAGUGGAUUUUGACAUAUUGUAGUCAUAGCUUGGGUUUAUUCUAAAUCUUAUAUUAAUCGAGUUUAGUAUUAUACAUGUAGAAUUUAAAAAUCAUAAACUGAGCAAAAGUUAGCUAAGGGUUGGAAUUCUGGAAUGCUGAGUCUAAGCAAAGUACGUUCUAUAGAUUUAAGCAUGUCACUUGUUAAGUUGUAAAAAGUAUUAUUUUUAUGUAUUUAACGAUUUUAUUAAAACUUAUUUUAAU